UGUCCACCGGGAAAUCAAUCGUCCUGGUUCAUCAUCAAUCAUCAUCACACUUCACAGUGGCCUGUGCGAGUUGAUAGAAGGAGAAUACCUUACGACUCCCAAUAAUUUUGCCCUAAUUAACACGACAACAUUCUCCCCCUCCCCAAAUUCUUACGCCGCGGUCCUCUCAAUCGCCGCCAUGGGUCAAAUUCUCGCCAAAUACCAAGGCAAAGGAUGGAGAGAGAGACAAACGCGACGUAUUACCGACAAGGUGUUUGAUCGGUUCAAAAAUGACUUGGACAGAGUGACUUUGACUUUUGAAGAUCUCUAUAUCGCGGUGCUGCUUAUAUUCAAUGAAUUAAAUAAAUGUUUGCCAGGGCCUCACCUAGACCCUCCUUCAAAAGAACAAGUUAGGGCCUUGAUGAAGAAAUAUGAUUUCAAUCUUGACGGGGAGCUGAACCGUGAAGAGUUUAACAAAUUCAUCCUAGAAUUAACUAAGGACACAUUCUUCACAAUCAGUCAAAAGAUGAUCACCACACUGGCAGUGGCACCGACAGUGGCUUUGCUGACGAAGAGGACAACGGAGGGUGUACCUGUGGUUGGGAAGGUGGUGCAGAAGUUGCCCAAUUCUGUUUAUGCUUCCCUUGUCACUCUUGCUAUUGUGCUUUUCCAGAAAGCAACCGAAGGCAAGUAAUCAAAGAUUGGCUUUGUUAUUGACAACAAGCCCUAAUGGUGGUUGAUAAAAUGCAAUUGUUGCAUCGUUUUUUCUCUUUUUUUGGCAAAAAAGGGGCAUUUACUGCACUCAUAUUUUUCCUUUUUGGGAAAGGGUAUUUAUUGGUGAUGCAAAUGCACCUUUUUGCCAAACAAAGACAGAAUAAACAUGUAACAAAGGCACCUUAUCAACAUGUCUCAUGGCUUUUAGCAAAACGGAUUAAGGAUUGCUUCUUUGCGCAGUUAAUGAAUUCAACCUAUAGUUCAUAGGUUUUAAUAAUAUGCCCUCGAUCAGCUUUUGCACUGGCUGGGCAGGCUUGAUUUGUGCAUAUAUAUGUUGUCCGAAUUAUUAUAGGAUGAAAGUUUGUGUUGUGUCAACUGAUUUGUGGUGAUUGUGUUCCAAGAGCACAAGUAUGUGUACAUGUUACAGAAUAGAUUCAUAUAGUUUGGUUUGAAAUUGCAGCAUUCAUAAUAGUGCGGCAUCAAUUUGUGCACUGUGAAUCAAGACAUCAUCUUUAG